AUGAGUAUGCAGAUCCCUAACUCGCACACUAAUCACCCUGAACCUAAUUCUACUGUGGAAGAAGACCAGGGACGUAAUUCUAAAUCACCCAUUCUCGUAUCGAAAAUCUCGACCAUUAAAUUUGGCACCUCCCCUAGACCGUUCAUUCUCUUACCAAAGAAUCCAACACUAACAUCCGAUAUUCUAGAUAAUAUAAUCAACUGGAUUAUACCCUACAGCCAACUCGUUAUAUACCUUCCAAGAAUUUACAUCCAUCUUCAUCAUCUGAUUUUCUUUAGUUUCAGUCUUAAUCGUGAUGAUUUUCAGGAUGAUAAGGAUAAUGCGAAAAAAGUCUGGAAGCACAUGUCAUUUGAGGAUAAACAUAUGUACGAUCAAUUAUUAACAUGCAACAAUGUCCUUCACGACAUUUUAUGGGAAAACUAUCGAUACAGAAAAUUACGAAAAGAAGACUGUGAUUACGUGUAUACAAAACACGGAAGGCUAGAAGAGUACUCGCCGACAUUCUUCAAGCCGAUUUCACGCAAUCGAAACCACCAGUCCAUGAUAAAUAACCUGCCUUCGUACCCUACCAUAUCCACUCAUUCCUUAUUGUCAAAUAACAAAAAAGUAAGUAAAGAAAGAAAAAAUUUUAAAUUCCCUAAUUCUCAUUCUUCUAAAGACUCAAAUAUGACAUUGGGCACAUCCAAUCAUUCAUUGCCGUCGAGUAAUUGUGACUUCCCUCUUUAUAUGCCGUCGGAUUUGUUUAUCUUGCCGUCGAAUGACGAAUCCUCUGAAGACCCGAAUUACCAUGACUUUUCUCCGCUCUCUCCUCGUAUGAUAUUGAACCCACCAAUCGUGCCGUCGAAUGAUAAAGAUCAUAAAAUUUCUCUAUAUGAUAUUUGA